UUUACGUUUUAUUAAUUUUGGGAACAACCGAGGCCUUGUCUAAACAGUAUCCUUAUUCGUUCCAAUCAUUUUAGUCAAAAUUUUACAAUUUUAGGUAUUUGUUUGCAUUCAUUUCUUUUCGUAAUGUAUUUCGGCUUGGAGGGUCACUAUUAUGAAGUGCAAGUUAUUGAUCGUGGUAGAAAUCCAAACCGUCCGGAUAAUGCACUCAACUGUACAUUGCCCGCCAUCUUGGAAUUUCCCAAUUUAAUGAGAAGGAAAAGCAUCGGAUGGGCCAUCACAACUUUCCUGCUAACCAUGUAUCUGUUCGUAGGCCUGGCGAUUGUUUGCGACAACUAUUUAGUUCCCGCCAUGGAGCGUCUUUGCUUUUCCUUGCGUAUGACGUAUGACGUGGCGGGUGCUACUUUCCUGGCAGGAGCUACCUCGGCACCGGAGCUAUUUAUCAACUUUAUAGGAACUUUUGUUACCCACGGCGACAUCGGCAUUGGCACCAUUGUUGGCUCUUCUGUUUUUAAUGUCCUGGUUAUUGCUGCUAUUUGUGGUAUUCUAACACCACCGAGCCAACUCGAUUGGUGGCCAGUGACGAGAGAUUGUAUAUGGUAUAUCGUGGCCAUUGCAAUUCUGACGGCGACUUUGUGGGACUCUUUGGUCCUGUGGUACGAGUCCAUGGUGCUACUGAUCAUCUAUGUAUUUUACUUGAUCUUUCUGGUCCUGGAUCGUCGGAUUCAGGGUUGUAUUAGAAGGCGUCGCAUAGAAUCAGAGCUAAUGGACGAGGAUCCGAUGGAGCGUGAGGAGGAGCCUUUGAAAUCCUUUCGAGAUAACGUUUGUGGAACGCCAGAGCCGGAUUCGAAUUGCUGCGAGUGGAUCUGGUGGGCCUUUAAAUAUCCAUUUAACCUGAUCUUUGCCCUAACCAUACCCAGUGUGAGAGGAAUAUACUUUCUCUCCAUGUUAAUGGCCGUUAUAUGGAUAAGUAUUAUAUCCUAUAUGCUGUCCUGGUUCCUUACGAUUGUCGGCUACAAUCUGGGUGUACCGGACUCUAUAAUGGGUCUUACGGUAUUGGCAGCUGGUACUAGUGUUCCAGAAGUGGCCUCCUCCUACAUUGUUUCCAAGAAGGGUUAUGGCUCCAUGGCGAUUUGUAACGCCAUCGGAUCUAAUACCAUUGAUAUAUUGAUCUGUCUGGGCGUGCCAUGGUUCUUGAAAAACAUGAUUUAUAUGGACUUUGUCUAUAUAGACUCAACGGCAAUUACAUUCACCACUGGAAUGCUAUUGUUCACCGUAUUCAUAGUCUAUUCAACAUUUUUGUGCACCAGGUUCGUGAUGGGAAAGCCCCUCGGAUGGAUAUGUUUAAUAGCCUAUAUCCUCUUUUUGGCCGGAGCAUGUACCAUGGAAAUAGUACUCAAUGAUACCGUCUACUGUGACAUCGAAGAGAAGAAGUUCGCUCCAUAUUUGAACAAAUUCUUAGUUUUGGAUCGAAAUUGGCUAAAAUAAUAGUGGGAAAUAUAGUGAGAUGGGCCGUGGACGAAGCCAUUUUUUUCAUGCGCAUCCCAUCACAUUUCUGACUAUUUUAUUUAGAAUGUUUAAUUUUUGGUCACGAAAUACGCUGAUAAUAUUCUUAACUUAUUAUAAUGAUAGGUAUAAUAAUAGAGUUAGCGUAAAAAAGUCAA